ACCGCCGCGAUGGAGGAUACGCUGGACUUCGACGAGGAGCGGUUCCGCGGCGCAGUCACCUCCGUGGCCAAGCUGGGUCGCCGAGCUCAACUGGAGCCGUCACAGGCUGAGAAUCACUUCGGGGGCAAGAAUUCCUCGUUGACUCUGAACAGAGAGGAGCCCCCUCCCAAACCACCUCGGAGGCACGGAGGUUGGGCUGACGACUCCUCAAAACCAUCAACGGGCAGCCAGCGUCUCAGACAGCAGAGCCCGGAUGGAUCAGAUGACGGAGGAGACACCCCGAUUAUCCCGGAUCUGGAAGAAGUCCAGGAAGAAGACUUUGUUCUGCAGGUGGCAGCUCCUCCCAGCAUCCAGGUAAACCGGGUGAUGACCUACCGCGACCUGGACAAUGACCUCAUGAAGUACUCGGCCUUCCAGAACUUGGACGGCGAGAUCGACCUGAAGCUCCUCAGCAAAGUGCUCUCGCCCGAGCACGAGGUCCGCGAGGAUGACGUCAGCUGGGACUGGGACCACCUGUACACCGAGGUGUCGUCGGAGCUCCUCACCGAGUGGGAGCUGCUGCAGGUGGAGAAGGAGGAGCCUGCGGGCGGGGCCAGGCUCACCUGACCCAGGCCUCUGCUUUGGAUUUGAAACAAAUUAACCAAAAUGCAAUAAGCUGAAAAACUAAGGGAGCUUGCAAGCAGCUUAGGGUUUUUAUAUGGAUAUUUUGUAACAAAAAUAUUUAUUUUCAGUAGACCCCACUGGAUCUCUCAGUUGCAAUAAAUGGCUAUUCUGUGGCCGCAUCCUCUGAUCCUUUGCAGCAU